AUGAAUUACUUGCAAAAAGAUUUAUAUUCUUUUUACGUAUAUUUUCUUUCGAUAAUAGCUUUAUGUAUUUAUUUGUACGGAUUUUUCCCAUUGGAUCAAAGACUUUACUGUUUGUCAUUUGAUUUCAGAAAUAAUUCUAACAAUGAAUACGUUACUAAACGUAGUGUUGAUAAACUCGCCAUCAUUCUUAUAGAUUCGCUGAGGUAUGAUUUUGUUAUGGAAAAUUCUAAUCAAGUACUCAUGCCGUUUACCACAACAUCAAUAUUAAAUAAUGAAUCUUGCCUCGUUAAAAUAAAGACUGAGUCUCCUACGGUGACAAUGCCUCGUAUUAAGGCUAUCACAUCAGGAUCUACUUCCAAUUACAUUGAUGUAGUUAUGAAUGUGAUGACUUCAAAUUAUGAAGAAGAUAAUUUUAUUAAGAAAGCUUUUAAUAAUGGUUUAAAAAUUUUAUUUUAUGGCGAUGAUACUUGGUUAAAACUUUUUCCAAAUACAUUUUAUAGAUAUGAAGGAACUAGUUCAUUUUUUGCUCUUGAUUUCACAGAAGUUGACGAUAAUGUCACUAAAAAUGCAUAUAAGGAAUUAAAAAGAAAUGAUUGGGAUAUAAUUAUUUUGCAUUAUUUAGGUUUAGAUCAUAUUGGACAUUUAGAAGGUCCUGCUGGUGAACUCGCUAAAUCAAAGUUGAUUGAAAUGGAUGACAUUAUUAAAAAUAUUUCACUGCAUUUUAAAGCAUUGGAAAAUGAAAGAAAUUUAAAAACAAUGUUGUUAGUUACAAGCGAUCAUGGCAUGAAAGAUUCCGGCGGUCAUGGAGGUGUGACUCCUAGUGAAAUUUUUGUUCCAAUAGUUUCAGUUGGAAAACCAUGUAAAGCUUUACCAGGGUGGCCAAUAAAUUACACAGCUUUUCAAACGGACAUUGCUCCGACAGUGUCUGCUUUGUUAGGAUUAUCGACACCUGUAAAAAGUAUAGGAAAAAUUAUUCCUAAUUUAUUACAUUAUUCUAAUCAAGAGGAAAUUCUUAGUUAUUUAGAAAAUAGUAGACUGCAAUUGAAAAAUUUUGAAGAAGUUUCACAUUUAGAUUUGAAUUUACUUGAUGUUAAUUUUAAUCAAUCGCUAAACACUAAUAUCAAAAUUACAGUUGAAAAAUAUUACAAAUAUUUAAAUUCGGUUACUGAAAAAUUAAUUAAAGCAAAAUCAAAUUUUAGUUAUUUAUAUAUAUUUAUAGGAUUAUUUUUACUUUGGGUAUCAUUGAUUUCAUUAUUGUACAGACUUUCUAAAAGUUUUCAAAAACCUAUAAAACCAUAUCAGAAAUUUUUAAUUUUUGGAAUAUUAAUUCAUGGAAUAAGUUAUGGGUCUACUAGUUUCAUAGAAGAAGAACAUCAAACAUGGUAUUUUUUAUGGUUGACAUUCAGUAUUAUGGCUGCUUUUGAAUCAUUAUCAAUAAGAAAUAUAUCAUUUAAAAAAAAAACAUUUAUAUUUUUUUCCUGGAUUUUAUUAUGUCUCUCUCAUAGAUUUAUUAGAAAAUUAAAUCAAACCGGUGAUAAAUGGGCUUUCUUACCCGACAUAAAAUCAUUUCUUAAUUCAUCCGAUGGUCAAAAUUGGUUAAAUAUAUUUUUUUUUCUAGGAAUCUCAUUCAUAUUUGUAACUGCAAUAAUGAAUUCUCUUACAUUUUAUCAAAUUUUAUCUUUUGGACUGUGUUUAAUAUGUAUUGUACUCUAUCGAAUAAAUACCGGCAGAACAUUUGAAGUUGCCAUGUUUUGGACAUUUUUCACAAUUUUUUUCAUACAGACGAUUAAUAAAAAACAUUCAAAAUAUUUAAUUUGGUUAUUAAUUUCGUGCCUCCUCAUGAGACCUCAUAAUACAUUAUUAUUAAUGUUUCAACUUUUAGCUAGUCAAGUAAUUAACAUGUUAUUAAAAAGUACAAAUGAUACUUUAUGGAAAACUAUAAUAUAUAUAUGGCUGGGAAAUGUAUUUUAUUAUUAUCAGGGUAACAGUAACAGUUUGGCAAAUAUCGAUAUAGCACCAGGUUUUACAGGUUUGAAUACUUAUAAUCCAUUUUAUGCUGGAAUUAUGAUAUUGUCUCAUACUUUUAACGGUCAAAUUUUUUCAUUCAUUUUAUCCCCGAGAUUAAUUUUAGUAAAUGCCAUAUUAAGAAUAAUCCCUUUGACAUUGUAUUGCACUUUUAUGGUUUUAAAUUUAAAUCAUUUAUUUAUUUGGUCUGUAUUUUCUCCCAAAUUACUUUACGAAGCAACCAUAUCUUUUUUAUUUCUGUUUCUAAUUCUUGCUUUGUACAGGGCUACCUUUGCUGAAGCAGCAGCUAAAUCUGCUUUCCUUCUAGCCAAUCUCAUUUUUUUUUGA